AACCUUCCAACAACCGCUGAGUCCGCACCGACAGCGAGAAGCAAAAAGAUUCUCGCGGCGGUCCAGGGUCGAGAGUUUGGCUGUAGUUCGUGGUUCGCCAGCCAUUGCUUGCUCAUAGUCUUUCCGCUGGCCGGGUAACACUUGAACCAUUUUGUGUUCUCCGUCGGGCCUUUUUCCCCGGUGACGAAGAAGCUUCCCGUCCGAUUGGAAGGCCCGCAGGGGUCGUGAAAUGUCGAGCGGAAAAAAUGAAUGACUUCUUCUGCGUUGAAGUAGCGCACCAACAUGCAUGCUUAGAAUAGCGGGCAAUUGCAGAAGGCAGUUGCGGCGCACCACGAGAAUGGAGGGAGGAUACGGCUGGUGGAAGAAGUGGCUUCUCGCCACGAUGUUUGUUGCUGCAGCGUUCCUGAGAUCGAACAUAGUAGAUGGCUACAAUUCAUGCCAGUACAUCAACGUUGAGAAUUUUGCUAGCGCAGCGACGGCGACUGGCUGGACUGGCUACGGCACGAACGCAUCACUAGGAUGGACCCGGGUUAACAUGGCACCAGCGGGAGUUACCGCGCCAACAGGUACAACACUCUACGCUUACAUCAACACCGCCCAACUCCUUACUCCCGUAGCAGAGCAGUUGAAGUCGCCCACCCUCACCAAACCAGACGUCUUCUUCGGAAGGUGCUACGUCAGCUUCUACUACAGUAUGAACGGCAAGGCAAAUCGCACUCUCGAACUCUAUGAACAGACGCUAUCGGGCAGCACGAGGAACGUUCUCUGGAGUCGGACGGGUUCACAGUGUUUGAAUGGCACGUGGGCGUAUGCCGAUGUCCACAUACCGACAAACAGCGGCUCAGCCCCGAUUGGAGGAGAGGAUAGUGGUCUCACGAGCUUUUCGCUUGGCUUUCAAGUGUUAUUUGAAUCGGUGAUGGAUUCAGUAUUAGUCGGUGAUAUCGCUCUGGGAGGUAUAGUUGUCAGGUGCUGUCCCGGUUGCGCCGCAGGUGACUUGAUCUCCACGGCAACGUUCGAGAGCGGCAGCGACGGCUUCCGGUCCGACCCGUCGGGAGAGUCCAAGUUCACACGUUACACCGGUGCAGCGCUGAGCACGGGAACGGGGCCUGCAUUCGACCACACUGUCGGACUGCCAGGCUGCAGCGGCUCAGCGAACAAUGCGGGCUCAUAUUUCCACGUGGAAGCGUCACUACCCAGGUCUCCAGGCCGUGCCUCACUUCUCUCACCCAUCUACACCGUUCCUCGGCUGACCAACGAUACCGUGUGCUUUGUGUCGUUCUUCGUGAGCCUCUAUGGCAAAGAUAUCGGCCGCACUGCCAUGCAGAUUCUCACGGCGAACGGCGCCGACAACACUUGGUGUUCACAUGGUCAGCACACGACUGCAACAAACUGGGCGGGCGGACUGGCCUGGUUCAGACCCGGGCCUACGUUCCAGUUGAAUUUCACUGUGGAGCUGGGAACAAGCAUCCUCAGUGAUGUCGCAAUUGAUGACGUGCGCAUGUCCUGCUGCCAAGACGCCUGCCACCACUACAAGCUCCUUGACUUUGAGUGUGGCUUGGAUGGUUUCCUGGGACCGGCAAACUCAUCGUGGACCCGCGUUCCCAUUUUCUUCCCCACUGCUGGAAACUUGCCCAAUAACUAUGUUAUACAAUCCACCCAUAGCCAGACGUCCAGUGUCACUCUGUCCCUGCCAUCCCCGGCCGCACUCGGUUACAACUGCACAACAGAUUUCUUCAUCUACAUCGACAAAGACGCCGUGGGUGCCGUUGAAGUCCAGCUGACUUUUUCCAAUCCGUCCUCCCGGAAGCAGGUGGUUUGGACGCUCCCGGCGGGGAAACCAGCGUACUUUGACGUCGAAAGGUUCUCGUUUCUUCUCCCCGCCGACUUUUCCAAGGAGUUUACUCUAACCUGGAUUAGCAGAAAGACCCUUGCGUGGAGCAUCAUCCAGAUGGAUCAGAUUCGAGUGGUCUGCUGCCCAAUAGGCGGUAACACGGCUACCUCAUCUACAGCUGGGUCUGCAAGUACGUCCCAGGUGAUACCGGGGACCACGGACACAACGACGGGAACACCAACAACCACCCCCACAACCACACCAACAACCACACCGACAACCACACCAACGACCACACCGACAACCACACCAACAACCACACCAACAACCACACCAACAACCACACCAACGACCACACCAACAACCACACCAACAACCACACCAACAACCACACCAACAACAACACCAACAACCACACCGACAACCACACCAACAACAACACCAACAACCACACCAACAACCACACCAACAACUACACCAACAACUACACCAACAACAACACCAACAACCACACCAACAACCACACCAACAACCACACCAACAACCACACCGACAACCACACCAACAACUACACCGACAACCACACCGACAACCACACCGACAACCACACCGACAACCACACCAACAACCACACCGACGACCACACCGACGACCACACCGACAACCACACCGACAACCACACCGACAACCACACCAACGACCACACCGACAACCCCACCAACAACCACACCGACAACCACACCGACGACCACACCGACGACCACACCAACCACCACACCAACAACCACACCAACAACCACACCGACAACAACACCAACAAACACACCAACAACCACACCAACAACCACACCAACAACCACACCGACGACCACAACAACAACCACACCGACAACCACACCUACAUCUGACCUGUAUGUUGGUACAACCACCUUGUCCUGGGUAGGAAACAGCAGCGGCAGCAGCAGCAGUGGUCCCGCAAACGGAACGGGGAACAGUCACACGGAAAACUCAAUAAUGCAAGUCACCGCCCCUUCGGACAGGCCAGCGUCUUCAUCCAUUUCCAUUGGAACGGGUCGAAUCGACACGAACACAGCUGCAGCCGCCCCUCAGACGGCAGGUUUUCCGUGGACAUUGGUUAUAAGCUGUGCGGGCGGUGCGUUCAUCCUCUUUGAUAUCUUCAUCCUGGUGUUGAUCAUAAGACGCCGUCGCAAGUCUGCAAAGCAGUCGUUCUACAAACAGAGAAGGAGGUCGGGCUCCGCGGUGAUAAGCAACCCUGCUUACGAAGAAACCGCACCGUCCAACAUGGAAGGUCGGUAUGCCGAAGUGGCGGAGAGCGGCAGCGGAGGUGGGAGAGUCGCCAAGGUCAACCACUGUUAUGAGUCCGUCGAUGCCAAGCAAGGCGGCACCACCAGCACCGCCGACUCCGCUGAUCCUGCUUACGCUGCUGCCGGCCCGGGCAAAGGAUCACUGCCGACAGCCAAUCAUGGCCAAGAGAGUCACUUGGCGACAGACACGGGGGAAUACUUGCCGUCCAACCCACUGUACGGCAGAGGAUCAAACAAUGUGCAGAGUCCAGUCGAUGAUGCAGAGUACAUUCCAUCUAACCCAAUGUAUGGCAGAGGAACGACAUCAGGCAUACAGAGUCCAGCCAAUGAAGCAGAGUACCUUCCUUCCAAUCCACUGUAUGGUAGAGGUUCACUGCAGGGCACUAGUACUACUGAUGCUGAAUAUCUACCGUCUAAUCCACUGUAUGGACGGGGAUCGGGUCCACAGAGUCCUGCCAGCGAGGCUGAAUACUUACCGUCUAAUCCACUGUAUGGACGGGGAUCGGGUCCACAGAGUCCUGCCAGCGAGGCUGAAUACUUACCGUCCAACCCAAUGUAUGCUGGAGCGAGAAGUACAACUAGUCCCGAGUAUGACUACACACGUGUGCACACACCGCAGACACUGCGUAGCAACAACAGCGCGGGCAGUGGUCCGGAGUACUCGCAUUUAACGUACACCGAUCCUAACAGGCCGCAGAUGGCACCACCGCAGCGUACUUCACCCGACGAUGAUGGAGGCUACAAUGUGCUGCAGUCCCCGACGCAGACUAAUGCGCGGCAAGCGCCGAGCGUCGCUGCUGGCUUGGCGUUGGAGCUCUCUGCUGCAGCCAGCCGACAUGAGUCUCGUACUGGCCCGUCGAGAGGAGGAAUCGGGCAGCGAGCUGCAAGAAACCCAACACAGCGCUAUCCUCACGUGCAGCGGGAACCGAGUGAAGACGGCCAGUUCACGACCGCUAGCAUAACCAGCCAAUCUGCUCUCAUUGUCAACAGACCGAAACAGUGAUGAGUUGCAAAUCUUGAUCGUGGAUGGAAAGAGGACGUGUGUCAGCUGACCAUUGACGUGCCCGCACACACACACACACACACGUACACACAUACACACACAUGCACACACACACACACAGACACACACACACACACACACACACACACACACACACACACACACACAUACAUGUACACACACAUACACACAUACACACACAUAUAUACACACAGAUAUAUACACACAGACGUGCACGCGUGGUGAACAAAAUGUCCGAAAGGGCAGAGCGUACUACUGCAGUCUGCUGAGUAUUUUUAAACACGAGACUCUGAGUCACGGGAAAGAUAUCAGUCUCUGUGGUUCUGUCAUGUGCACCCUUGGUAUCAUAAUCUUGACUAAAUUAUUUUACAUCGGCCCACCCCUAUAUAAUAUUAUCCCUUGUAUCAGCACCUUUGCUGCCGUUGAUUUUAGUCUAUUUCACUGCCUACGAUAAUAAUGUUUGAGGAGCGGUUUAAUUCCCGCCAUCACGUGACUCUGUACUGGCUGAUUCAUGGAACUUAAUUCGUCGUUACCUAUACAAUGAAAUUACUGACUGUACCACUUCUAAAAUAACUGAGCUUUGCUUUCCUGCCCGUUCCAUUCUUGCCAAUCCGCUCUUCUCAAUUUGUUUGUACUUUUGUCAUGGCUGGGUAUCGCCCUCAUCUCUGGGGUUGCUCCCCAUAAUUAUCAGCUUUGCUAGCAUAAUUAUGCUAUGCAGUUGAGUUUAAAAUAAAUAAAUUAAUUAAUUCCUUCUGCUUGCCACGAGACAUGCAUAUCACGUUUGUUUUUAAUACGGUUCGGUGUAAAGUCCCAAUAUUAAUUUUUUAGGGCACUCUGUAAGAAGAUAACACCGUGGUUACCUCCCCUGUUUGGCAAAAUCAUACUUUUCUGCUACUACAGUAGCAACUAUAAUAAUUAUUGUACGAUGCAUAGUAAGCCACACUUCACAACACACACUGCUAACUUUACACCUUGAUUUUCUACCGGACUAAAAUUGACGCACGGGCCAAGA